AUGAGGCUCGACCUGGGGGACUCGGCAAGCAAUGGCUUCACAGCGGGGCCAGGAUCGUCCUCAAGGGCAUGGGAUCGCGACGUGAAGCUCCCGCCCGAGGAACCCAGCUUGCAUCUCUGCUCAAGACACCGCGUCAUGGACCUUAAACAGUCCGAUUUUGCAGCUAGGCCUCAGAAACACGCCCUGCCGCCCGACUGGCACUUUGGUACUUUAUCAGACGUUAUCAAACGGAGCGAUUAUUGCAGGUUCUGCAAGAUGAUCGCCUCAUCCGUCUCUACGAACAACUACAAAGACGACGUCGAGGUUCUGGGCUGUUGGGUUCCUGAUGUGACCUUUGAGGGAUCCGAUGGAAAUGGUACAGAGGAGACGACGAUGAACACGCUGAGGCUACGGAUUGCUCCGGAGAUGGUGGGAUGGGAGGACGCUUUUGCCCCGUUUGAUAUUGUUCCUCUGGCUAACAAGUCGGAGAACGAUAUGUUCAAGGGAAGGUUCAUCGACGAGAGGUCUAUUGACGGCGACCUUCUUAAGACAUGGCUGCGGACUUGCGAAGAGAAACACCACAUCGUCUGCUGGCGCAAGGACGAGCACGCCGUCGGCCCCAUCGACCCAUUCAUUCGACUUUUGGAUCUCAAAGACAAUUGCCUCGUUCAGAAGUCUGAUCUCCCAGAAUUUGUCGCGCUGAGUUACGUCUGGGGUAGAGGGGCAGUGAACUACAAACUCACAACUGAUAAUAUUGACGAACUCUUCAAGCCUGGCGGACUAAGCAACAAUUUCGACAAGCUGCCCAAGACGAUUCAAGACUCCAUCAAGCUGACUACCCUUCUCGGUCACCGAUAUCUGUGGAUCGACUCACUCUGCAUCAUUCAGAAGGGCAACGAUGACGACAAUAAGGUACAGCUUGCACUCAUGGACGUUAUCUAUAGCAGAGCCUCUUUCACGAUUGUUUCCGCCAAUGGCGAAGAUGCGAAUGCUCGACUAUCCGGCAGUCCUGGAAUCGACAGGAGUAAGAAGCAGUAUACCGCCGAGUACUCGUCCGACCUGACACUUCUCUCUCUCGUCCCCGACUUCGAGGACGGGGUUCAGCAAAUUUACUGGAACACGCGCGGUUGGACGUACCAGGAACGACUACUCUCACGCAGGCUCGUCUUCUUCACCGACAACAUGGUCUACUUCCAAUGCGGCCAGAUGACUUGCAGCGAAGACUUCAACAUGCUUCGCGACGAUGUCACCCAGAGCGCCUCCCAGCAGAAUAUCACCUUGUCUCGCGGGGAGGCGCCGCCGACUCUGACCCGGCGCCACCAGUAUCGCCUAGGCAUCUCGCCCGAAUUCUACUAUCGCAUGGUCACGGAGUACACAUCACGCGAGAUGAGUCACACAGAUGACCGCGUCAAUGGUUUCAAGGGUAUCUUGAACGUCAUCGAAAAAGUGCCCGAGUACAAAGGGGUCUUUGUAUGGGGUACCUGGGCGAAAGAUUUGCUUGCUUUUUCUCUGUUGUGGCAGCCGCGACAGGAACUCAGCAGGGUAGUCAAGUACAAGUCCGAUCCGCCACUUAUUCUCUAUCCGUCAUGGUCAUGGGCAGGCUGGACGGGAGCCGUUCGCUUUGACGACCUUGACGACUGGAACGGCUUGCCUGCCCUCGAGAGUACGUUCGAUCGGGUUCGUCCAGCAGGCUGGGGCGUCUCUCUUGAGCUGAACAAGAAAGAGACAUUAGAAAAACACGACUUUUACUUACGACUACGAACUAGGGUUGGGAAAUUCAGGCUCACUCUUCACGAUAGGAGCGGAGCCCUAAAGCCACCCUCGCUGCCGGAUGUCAAGGAACCCCCUGUUCGCUUUGGUGUCACGCACUCUGCCGCCCGGAGGCAAGGAGGCGAGGACGAAUGGCUUGGGUCUAUCCUGAUGCCCAAAAGCUAUAGGCAGAAGCUGGGAGGUCCCUAUGAGUUUGUUGUUCUCUCAGACGCGUACGGCUUCUCGGGAGAGGAGCUCUCGAGCCAUGCCAGCCAAAAGCCUUGGGAGGCUGUCAACGUGAUGUUGAUAUGUCGCAGUGGCACGAAGGGACAAGAUCCAAAGGUUGUUCCGGUUGUUCAACGGGCUGGCGUGGGCAGGAUGUUGAAGUCUGCAUGGGACGAGAUCUCAACGGAGCUGGAGGAGAUCUUGGUCGAGUAA